AUGACCAUCCUCAUCCUGGAACCCGACGUCCAUGACCGCGCUCGAACUUCGAUACAGAGGAGUGCCGCUCAGCACGCCGAGGAUGGCCGCCUGCUCUCCCACAUCCAUCUCCAUGUGGACAUGCCGCUACUCAAAAACCCGCACGAGAACCCUCUGCCCUGCCGUGAGCCUAUCGAGGAGACGACCGAAGUCAGCGCAUAUUUCUCCGCGCAGUUACACGCCUUGUACGAACAGUUGGCCGCCUACCACGCGAGACCCGCUGCCUCGUUGGCAGACGCAAGGCUGGCGCAAAUGGACGAGGAAAAGGGUGUUCAGGUCGAAAUCACCGUCGGAUGCCAGUCCUUUACUCGCUUCCCGCAUUGCCAGCACCUCAUCUACCACGCUCGCCGUCUGACGCUACACGAUCCAAAGACACUCCCAGUCCUGCCCUUUGUGCGUAAGCUCCGCAUUCUGCCAGGGAGCGGGCCUCGCCAGGACUUCUAUUUCAGCCGUGUCCGACCUGUAUCGCUCCACGUUCCCCUCGCAUGCCUUGCCCAUCUCCCGAGCGUGGCAGAGAUCGACUGUCCGUGGUUGUGGGAGCGACUUCCCUUCCCUGCCGCAGGCCGGCCCAUGCGCCACUUCACACGCGUCUGGGAAGGACCCUGGCGCGAUGCGCGUCACGAGUUUGGCGCCGCUGUGAUGCAGCAGAAAGAGCUUCUGGGUCUGCCAGUCCCCUCCACUUUAACCAAGGCCAGGCUGUGGUUCUGGCAGCCUGGACUUGCCUGUGAGGACGACCAGGCGCUGAUCAUGCCGGAUCUUGUAGCACCAGCCAAGCAGGACCCCCUGUCCGUGGGACUACGCAUGCUGGCAGCCCAGCUGCAGGAGCUCGACCUCCGUGCCUUUCUGACCGAACAUAUCUUCCCCUCCCCUGAUGCGCCAUCGUCGACGCAGUGGUCACACCUGCGACGCCUGACCAUCGAGUUUCACCCGCUGCGACCAGAUGGCCGCUGGUAUUUCGUCGGACCGCGCGGCGAAGGUCCCCACCCCAAGGGCUUCGCCAUCUCCAAAGCCGACCACUACCCGCCCCUGCAGACGACCACCGAAGACGAGGAGGUGGACGAGCAGUGGAACGAGGAUCCCGAGGGCGGCGAAGAGGUCGAUUUCUUCCCCGACGUGUUCCGCACCCAGCCGAGCCCCGAAACUAUCGAGCCCUUGCUGUCGGCCUUUGCUUCGGCUGUCAAGAACAUGGGCGCUCUCGAGGACGCCGAGCUCUUUGCCUACCUGGCGUGGUGUCCCUCUGACAGCAGGGCCGAAGAGUACGGAGACGAGGCGCCGUACGAUUCUGAGAACGGCGUGCAUAGAUGGGGCGUGCGAUACCUCACUGCGAAGGGUGGCGACGAGGACACUGUUGAAGGCGUCGUUCAGUGGCAGAUUGGUGACUGGAGACCAAGUCAGAGCGUGUUGGACCUGUUUGAAGGCCUUGGGCGACAGGAGUGGCUAGACUUUACGUUUGAGGAACAACGAAAGAUCAAGUCUCACGGCGUUGCUUAG